AUGGCUGAAAUAGGCACAGCUGUGGCGUCAACAUUAAUAGAGCGUGUGGUGGAUGCAAUUAUAGGUCGUGCUCGAUGUUUAUUCUAUUUCAAGAAGUCUGUUGUUGAACUUCAAAAAUCAAAGAGAGAGUUGGAGAAGUCAUUGCUGCACAUGAGAGAACGUGUUAAAGAAGCCACGACAAAUGCAGAGAAGAUUGUGCAACCAGUUGAAGAGUGGCUGAAAGAUGUGGAAAGGGUUCUGGAAGAUGUGCAGGGGCUGGAAGAAAGGGUGGAGGAAAGUGAAUGCUGUUUGAACAUGACAUUUAAGUAUUCUCUAGCAAAAGAGACUUUGUGGCAUUGGAUUCUAGGAAGCCAGUUUAUGAAGAGCUACUGCAGGCGAAUCCAAGAUGAGAGGAGCAAUGUGAUUGGAAUGGUUGGUGUGGAAGGUUCAGGUAAAAGCACUUUAGCAAGAGUGGUGGGGAAGCAAUUAGAGGAGUCAAAGCUUUUUGACAAUGUGGUUAUGACAAUUGUGUCUCAAGAUGUCAAAUUGAGAGAUAUUCAAGGUCAAAUUGCUGAUCACUUGAGCUUUUCAUUUGAUGGAAGAGACAGAACUGGCAGGGCACUACGGUUAUCUCACAGGUUAAAAACUGAGAAGAUUCUCAUCAUCUUGGAUGGUGUAUGGAGAAACUGGACUUGGAAGCUAAUUGGGAUUCCAUUGAAUGAGAAUGAGAAGAGAGUUGCGUCCUCCUUUACCACCCGUAACCAAGAAGUUUGCACCUCAAAACUGCCAAACAGUGAUUUGAACUCUCCUUGUUUAGAUGAAGAUGAAGGUUGGGAUUUGUUCAAGCAGCGUGCACAAAUACAUGAUGAUUCUCCAGAAGAAUUGAGAGAGGUGGCUAAGAGAGUCUUUGACAAAUGCAAAGGACUGCUAGUUACCAUUGUGGCAGUGGCAAGAACUUUGAAGGGAAAGACUUUUACCAACUGGGAAUUGGCCAUUAUUUAG